GCCUUUUGUUUUCCUAAUUUGUGAUAACUAGGAUGCAUUCCUUCUGCUAAUCUUCUGAUAGAAUAUAACUGCAUAUGAUUUCUUCCCAAUAUAUAACCAUGAAUUCUUUUCCUUUCAAAGAUGUUGGAUGAAUUAUUUAUUCGAUGGAUCUUCUUUAAUGGCAAAUCGAGUAUCAUCUUCCAUGGUCAGACUGCAAUACUUGCUUCGAAGUAGGAGAGUUUUGGAGCCAUCGUAGAAAUUCUUAAACCGUGAAUUCUUAUUUAAAGUCCCUCCAGUGCUCAACCAUUGCCUUCGUAAUUGCGUAUUUGUUUGUUUUGUUUUUUUCCUUUUUACAUAAGUAAAAACAAAACGCUAACGGUAUGAGGGAAAAAAUCAUUUCGCAUUGUCGUUAAAUGUUUUGAAAAUUUCGGCCCUGUCGUGUUACAUUAUUUGCAAGUACAUCGAUAUGUUAGAUAUUAAAUCGAUUCUGCAUGAUCGAAAAUGGAAGAUGAAAAAUAUUUGUCGAUUUGUCUGUUUUCCACGAGUCAUCUUAGACUUGAUCGUUUUGUUGAUAAAAAUAAGCAUGGCAAUAAUAGUUGCAUCGUUUAAAAUUGUCUUACCUACCACUACGAAGAAUUUAAUCGGAGAAAUAGUUUUAAUCACUGGUGCUGGCCGAGGUAUUGGUCGAGAAUUAGCAAUUCAAUUAGGUUUAAUGGGUUGCAUAGUAAUUUGUUGGGAUGUGAAUACCGAUGCCAAUCGAGAAACGAUUUCUGCUGUGUCAAAAAAUGGCGGAGAGGUGUAUGGUUUUGUCGUUGACGUUUCGAAAAGAUUGGAAGUAAAUAAAGCGUUAAGAACGAUGAAAAAAAUUGGAAUACCGCCAAUUACCAUUCUGAUUAAUAAUGCUGCAAUAUUGUAUCAUCGUUCUCUUCUCAACCAUAGUUCCGACGAUAUUGAACGAACGUUUAAUAUUAAUGUUUUCUCUCACUUCUGGACGAUAGAGGCAAUACUUCCAUCAAUGUUACAAAGAGGAAAAGGUCACAUUGUAGCCAUAUGUAGUAUGUGUGGAAUAUACGGAGUUUCGCAGAAAGUUCCUUACUGUUCCUCGAAAUUCGCUGUAAGAGAUUUCACGAUGAUAUCAGAAAGGGAAAAAUAUGCGACAAAUGUGAUUAAACUUGAACUUCCAUCAAUAAAGAUCAUUCUUUUGUUUACCAUUGAAUACUUGAUUGCAAUUACACUCUACUAUCUUAUAAGAAUGUUGAAUUAUAUUAAGUCUUUGUUACCAAAGCCACCAAGAGAUCUAGCCGGUGAUGUCGUUGUGAUAAUUGGAGCAACUUCAACAAUAGGCACGUCUCUAGCCGAAGAAUUUGCUAAAAGAGGAUGUUCAAUAAUUUGUAUAGACAAAGAUAACAAUUUAGUACAGCAAUUAGCUUUAAAUCUCAAAUCUCGUUACACAAGUUUAAAGAAUAAUCUUAAAGGAAGACAGAUGAUAACAGAAGCGGAAUCGUUGACAAAUGCAAGAAUAAUAGCUUAUCAAUGCGAUAUUUUGAACACUGAUCAGAUGAAAGAUAUAGUAAACAAUUUGAAAAACGAGAUUGGUGUAAUCGAUAUUUUAGUAACAUGCAUUAAUACACCAUAUCAGGGUAUUUGUGACACCGCAAUGACGAUUUGGAUGAAUCAUUAUUCGGCGAUAGUAGCAUUUUUGUCUUUAAUGUUAAAUCGAGAACGAGUUCAUAUAAUUGUAGUAACGCCUGUAUCGAGCAAAGAUGUUUCUUUAAGUUCUGGAAUUGCUAUAGCUAACCUAAUAGAAUGCUUGGGUGAAAAAUUAAAUGAUUAUCUUGAUAAUUGUACAUUUCUUGCGAUAUCACCUAUAACAGAAGAAAGGUCGAUAAAGCAGAGUGAUCAACAAGUUGCAAGAGAUAUUGUGGAAGCUGUUAGAAGAAAUCAAUCGAGUAUAAUUUAUGGUUGGAGUUCACAUUUUUUGUAUCGAGCAAGUUAUGUAAUGUACGUUAUUAUAACUGGGUUAACUGGAUGGUAUAGAGAUUAAAGAGACUAAAAUUCGACUACGAUAGUAUAGAAAAAAGUAAUGUUUCAAAUUAAUAGAAAAAUAUCUAAAGAUAGAGAAGACUUUGAAAGCCUGGAAGGAAAUAUAACGAUGCUAAUGCAUUUUGGAACAUUUCGUAUUAUUCUAUAGAUAAUAGUUCAAUCAAAAAAUAUUCUUCCUUAAUAAAACUCAUACAUAUAUAUAUAUAUAUAUAUAUAUGUAUGAGUUUUAUUAAGGUUUUUGCGUAAAAGAAAGAGAGAAAGAAUAAUUGCUUUAUUAGGAUGCGUGCGUCUAGCAUGAGGAUGACGUAACGAGAGGCGACCGCUCGUUGUUUUUCGUCGAGCUAUUGUUGUGUGUGUUAUGUGUAUGCGUGUGUGGCGAAGACAAGCUUAAGCUUGUUUUAUGACGUCAUGAUGGCCGAGGGUAGGAGUAAAAGCAUCCGGUUUCUGUUAUGUGUUUGCGUGUGUAGCGAAAAACAAACACAAGCUUGUGUAGUAUAACGUCAUGAUGGCCGAGGGUGGGAGUAGAAGGUGAAUCUUUGUGAGAACAGCGAGUUUUGAUCUGGAGAAUUUGAGAAGGAACACA